ACAACAUUUAAGAAUAAAUAUAAAGCGACAGUCUGAUUCAGCCCACCAGGCUUCAUGUAUAAAUCAAAUAUCACUUUUGAAUAGACUGCCCUCUUAUAAACCUACUAGUAUUCGUCUGAGAUCAUUAAAUCACUCUUUUGUUCCCUUUGAACAGGACAUUAGCUAAUUUCAUGCAGUGUACCAUGUCUGUAGCUAUCUCUGAUUGCUCACCAAGUGUAUAUUUCUAUAUUGGAGCAAAUGACAGUGAAGAAGAAGAUGAAGGUUUUGAAAAUGAUUACCAGCCUCAUUCUGCAUCUUGUAUAUCACUUUUUACCCAGCUGUGGAAUGAUAUAAGCAUUUGGGAGGAAGGACAGGAUCCACCACUUGAUCUUGCAAUAAAAAUACUAAGAAUUCUUCAGGGACUCAAAUUGACUUCUCAGGAAAGCAAGCAGUCGCAGAUUUACAAUACUUAUCUGAAUAGACGGGUUGCUAAGGUCUCAGCAGCUCUGCAGGAAUACAAAGAGCAACUUUGUACACAGGUAUUUUCCAUUCUUGAAGAAUGCGAACAGCAGGAACUCUCUGCUUUAAAGAAAGAAAUACAGCAAAUUAAGAACCAGAUUGAGCAAGCUAAAUUAAUGUCAUGUCAAAAGGUGCACAGUAUGCGGAAGAAGCAUUCAUUAUUAAGAGAUAUUAAAGAAGCUUUGAUUGGAUCACAGCAGGUAAAAACGGAUCUUGAUUUUGGUAAAGAAGACUUAUGUAUUUUAAUUUCACGGGAAAAAAAAAUAAAUCGAAGAGGCUCUAAUGGGGAGGAUGAAGAAGAAGAGUCCACUGUAAAAUGCCUGAGAUUGCGUAGGCUCAGCUGGAGAAAAUAG